AUGGCACCACUAGGGCUCGUGACAGAGUUCCUAGCGAAGAAGCCGCAGCUAUUGAUCCCAUUCGAAACCUAUGCCGACGUUGAAACUUGGGUCAAGCCCGUCGAAGUCAUUCGCCAGGCGGCGAUUGCUUUGACCGAAGAUGCUGCUAUGUUUCAGGCAAUCGGCUAUCACAAAACACGCACCGAAGAUGGCGAAGAGUUCCUUCGCAGUCUUGCGUAUUAUGCAGAGGUUCUUAUUCAGGACUCUCUCGUCGGCUUUGAGAAGAGAUUCGAAGUUUACUCUCAUACGCCCACCUCGACAACCACUGAACUUACGGGUAAUCGCUCAAUUGGUUCGACGCUAUUGGGUGCGAGACAAUCUUUUCAGAAACUUACGGAUUUCCUCACGAAUUUGGUUGAGAUACUAGGCUGGGAGUUCCAUUGGAAGAUCCCGUCGGCGGGUGAUAUGGUUCCGACGGCUUCCCCGUACCAGCUGCUAUAUCAGAUGAUAUGCAAAAAGAAACUACAUGUACCCUCUGCCCCGACUGGCGAUCAGAUAAAACGUAUCUUCUUAUCUCUUCAGAAGCAAGCGUAUUUGGCGCUACCUAAACUGGAUUCCGGUAUUCAAAAGGUUGCCCCUGACGCUGCUUGUGGACGUCCUACCAUGAUAUUCGUCGCGGGAACAUUUGAUCUGUCCCACAUUGUCUUCGGGGCAAACGAAACUGCAUGGGGCGAGUUAACGGCCGUGUCUGCUAUCACCAGGGUAGCGUGUGACACCAGACUUCGACAUUAUGUCCCUGUGGCUACGGAAGCUUUCAAGGCGCUCCAACGCAAGGAGAUAGAAGCUCUAGCGGAGCUUGAGAACGAAUCGGGCGGUACCUCUGAUAAGGAAGACCUUGUUUGGAAAGCUCGUGCGAGAGCAAUUGACCGGAUGAGGUCCGAUCAAAGCACCUUAGGUGGAGAGAAGGAGAUGGGCAUCGCCCUUCGCCCACCAACGUGGGCGAUUAAUCAGGGAUGCUAUCUCUGUCAAGGUAUGAUGGAGUACCAAUCUCCAAAGUCCUGGAACGAGAAUCAACGCAAAAAAUACAUCCUCAGAUUCGACUAG